CUUGAGAAUUAUGAAGACUCGUCAGCACUCGAUGCAUCACUGCCGGAGUGAGGCCGUUACUGCAUUUGCAUUACUCGACAGUCUAAGCGAACUGCGCCACCGCCACAGCUGUCACUCGCCACAGACCACGUUCAAUGUACCGAUGCCGGCUGAAGAUUCUUAGAAUAGUACAGCGUAGUAUCUUACAUCAUGAGUCACUCGAAAAAAAAUAAUAAUAAUAAUAAUAAUAAAAUAAAAUACCAUGUAAAAAUCUGUUCUGCGUUGUGGGAUGUUAUCAAUGCAGUGCCCUAUACGGAUAGUGGGGGACGUGGAUAUAUUGUUAAUCAUGACUCCAUGCCCGAGUCGAGUAUUCCUUUGACCGAGUCAUCCAACUUGCAUACCCCUACAUAUCAUCAAACAAACCCAAAAACCAAACUCGGAAGCCUGGAACUACACCAGAGCAUCCCGUAGAAAACAUACAUCCUACGCGCCAACAAGCCCCUCAUCUCGGCGCCUACAUAAACAUUAAAACCACCAACCGCCGUAACUACAAACACAAACUGUCUCAGAAAAUGCAACUCUACCAGCCUGACUGGCUCCGAUGCCAUCUCACAAACAUACAAAACCAUAACCCAUAAUGCUGACGAAGAGACCACGGCGCUACAGACUAUACCGGAUUUGUUGUUGUUGGGCUGGGACGGGGAUUUGGCGAGACAGUCGGAGGAUUUUAUUUGUACUUUCGGUGGGUGCUUUAGGUCGGGGGUUUGUUCCGGUGUUACAGGGAUUGUGGAUUUGGUGGGAGGG